GUUACAAUCGAUCUUGGGGGGAAAAUAUUGCCUAUGGUCCAAAAAUAAGGAGCAACUAUGUCCUUCUCUCAGUUCGGAUACCCCUACAGCACCACUUCACAGUUCUUCGUGCCCGCCAGCCCCAGCACGACCUGCUGCGAGGCCGCCCCCCGCUCCGGGCCGGAUGCCUCCUCGGCGCCGGCCGCCGCCUCCCUCUGCUGCGCCCCGUACGAGAGCCGGCUGCUGGCGCCCGGCCGCGCCGAGCUCAAUGCGGCGCUGGGCAUGUACAGCGCCCCGUACGCCGCCGGCCAGGGCUACGGCAACUACCUGCCCUACGGCGCCGAGCCCGCCGCGCUCUACACCGCGCUGAACCCCCAGUAUGAAAUCAAAGACGGCGCCGGCACGUUGCACUCGGGAAUCGCGCAGCCCGCUACCUACUACUCCUACGAUCAUUCCUUGGGGCAGUACCAGUACGACAGGUACGGGACGGUGGAUUUCGGUGGUUCAGCCAGACGCAAAAAUGCGACGCGAGAGACGACGAGUACGCUCAAGACCUGGCUGUACGAGCACCGCAAAAACCCCUACCCCACCAAAGGAGAGAAAAUCAUGCUGGCUAUCAUCACUAAAAUGACCCUGACGCAAGUGUCCACUUGGUUCGCUAACGCCAGACGGAGGCUUAAAAAAGAAAACAAAAUGACCUGGUCUCCCAAGAACAAAGCGGGGGAAGAGAGGAAAGAAGAAACCCCGAGGGAAGAGGAUGAAUACAGUGCGGAGGGUGAAGGCAGAGAGCAGAAGAGCUACAAGGAGGACAAGGACCUGCGGUUCAGCGACCUGGAGGAGGAGGAAGAGGAGGAGGAGGAGGCGGGGAAGCCGGAGAAGGGCCGGACCAGCUCCCUGCAGGAAGCCCCCAGCCUGGGCGCGGCGCUGCCCGAGGCUCCGCGGAGCGACUGCAGCCUGCCCGGCCCCUUCCACGCCUUUCCUUGUGCCAAGGCCCCCGCCGCGGACUUCGCCCCCGCCUCCUUGGCCGCCCCGCCGCCGCCCUACGCGCCCGCGGAGAAGCCGCGCAUCUGGUCGCUGGCGCGCACCGCCGGGGCCAGCGCGGCGCGCAGGGGCAGCCCCGAGGGCCGCGGCGCGGAGGGAGGCGGCGGCGCGGCGGGGGAGCAGCCCCAGCCCGCCAAGGCCUUCCGGAGCUCCGCUUUCAACCUGCAGCCGCUCCCGCGCAGCUGCGCGUCCCACCGCGGCCUGGGGGAGCCGUGCCAGUUCGCGGCGGCGGGCGAAGGCUUCGGACGGGGCGCCAAGGGCGGCCCGGGAGGCACCGAGCUGGGUGGGAGCUGCCUGGACAGGCUGCGGACGGCGUUCCGGCCCGUGCUGCGGAGGGCCGCCCGCCCCAUCCUGGGCGCUGGCGACGGGGCUCCGGCUGUAAGGAAGCACUCGGCUUGCGCACCGAAGGAAACCUCUCCCCGGGCCGGCGGCGGCCUCGCGGCUCCGCCUGCCCUGCCCUCGCCGGGGAAGGGCCGCCGCGGCACAGCGUGCUGCGCACAUGGGGCCGAGGGGCACGGCGGGCGGAGCGGCCGCAGGACCGGCGCCUCCCCGCCGCUCGCCUGCCAUGUGUUCAAUAUUGCCCAUUGACGUCUUUGCAAAAAGGAAGAAAAACCCGCACCCUAAUAUUUUCUCUUUCCCCCCCAACCCCACGUCGUGGUUUGUUUCUCCUUUUCCUCCCAAACCUGCGCUCUCUGCUCAGCGCCCUGCUCUGCCAAGGGGCACCAGUGUGCAGUUGCUCCGCGCCAUCCAGGGGAGGAGAAGGAGGGGAAGCGGCGCAGGUUACGCCGGACUGUUUUUUUCCCCGUCUCUGUACAUAGAUUCCGCUGAAAGUAUUUUUCAGAGUCUCUAAUUAACACGGAUGAUCUGAACUCUACGAAGCCGUCAGUGACCUCGGAGCUCUCCAGCCAGGAGCCGGCACAGCCCGGGAGGAGCGGCCCCGGACACCCGCCACCCGCCCUGGGGCACGGCCGGGGCACCCCCGGGCAGCGGGUGGCGACCGGGCGGCAAAGUAGGACGUUGUUAGUGGGUCACCGCCAUCAGUCAGUCAGUCAAAAGAGCAGUGCUGCACUUUACAGGACAGACGAGAAAGAGAAACCGUAUCUCUGCAUUAUUUCUGUUUAAUUAAAAGUGUCAUCAAACACUUUGUGUUCAGACUAAUAAACCAAGCAGGGAUGAGGAAAGAAUGUUUCUUUGUUCCCGUCUCUAGGAGCAGUGGCAAUAAUUUAAAUUAAUAACUGUGGUAAUUAAGAGGUCAUCUAUAGAUCAACCCGAUACCUGCUAUUUCCAAGUUCACCGGGGUCAGCAUUUACAUUAAGUCAUUUGUGGUCAAUAGAGUCCAAUGAAUUCUGCCUUAAUAAAUCAGGGAAAUCA